AUGCAGAAAACAUCAUCUAGCGUAUGUUUUAAUAUUUAUAUUGCUUUAAAUUAAGUUCAAGUUUUUAAAUGGUUUUUUAACGACAAGAAGUAAUUUUAGGUAAAACAAUUUUUAGUUUUCUUUCUGUUUUAUUAUUUUUAAAUUGUUAAUAUUUAAAGUUUAGGUAAUAUGUUGGGAAAAUCAGAAUUUAAGCAUUUAUAAAGUUGGCAUAGUUUCAGCUUCCUGGCGGGUUUUCGACGCCUAGGUCAACCAGACAACGUCUGAAUGCAACCGAUUUGCAGUUCUCUCCAGCAUCUCCACACAAAGAACCUGUACCAUUCGGAGCUCCGGUUACUAGGGAAAUCAGCGAGGUAUUUUUAGUAUUUUCACAAGGAAUUAAUAUCUAAAUAUUUUAAUUUCAUACCUAAUUUUCUGUAUUUAGCCAAUGGCGUGUUCGACUCGUCGCAUGGAGUACGAAAAGGCCAAAGCAGUGUUUGAAAACCUCUAUCAAGCUCCUAACACCGUGCGUACCGAAGAAUAUGGAGACGGACCAACGAUAACUCAAGAAGAUUUGAGUAGGAUGAACAACAUCUCCAUUGAUGAUGCUAAUGCUAGUUAUUACACUGAAGUUUCGAGUAUUCCGGCGGCACCGGAAUUGGAUUAUACUGGUGCUGCUGUUAAAACUAACCAUGGGUUUUGUAAGGUUGGUAUUUAGCAUUACUUUAUAGUUCUUUUAUGGUGUAUAAUGUUAUAAUAGGCUUUUCAAGUUUAUGAAAAAUUUUAGGUGUAUACAUGUACUACAUGGUAUUUUUACUUAAUUUUGUCAUAUUUUAGGAGAUUCAAGAGCAUAUGGAACGGUUAAAGACAAUUAUUCAUCAAAAUUGUGACCUUUUGGGCUUUUAUCGCACCAAACUCGUAGGUAAUGGGAGUUGCGAAGAACUGCUUGCUAAUCGUGAUCUUCUGCUUCAUUUGGAACAGUUUACGGCCGCAAAACGUGAACUUAGGAGACUAGAUGAUUAUGUGGGCCUAAAGAUUCCACAUCCAUUCUCUCGACGACAUGUCGCUUACAAUAUGGAUAUAUUGGGAAUGAGGUUGAAGUUGAACAAAAAUUACUAUUUGAAAACCGUGGAUGCUUGUAAGUAUAGUCUUUUAUUUGUUAAAAGUUUGUUUUUAAAGGGGUCUAUCUAGUUUUUUAAUUGAAAUAAGUUUUAAAAUUUUUAUUUGAAUAUUUUUUAGCUACAAAUUACGCAUUUGUCAUUAUGAUCAAGUGUGGGACUACUAUCCGAUGCACUCGCCCAGCGAUUGUACAAGGCGAUGGAACUCUUCGGCUCUCAACCUUAUCAUUCACUGAACCAGUCCGAUUGGGAAAUUUGCCAAUUGAUUUCCGAGCUCAUAUUCAGGUUUAUCAGAUGAAGUUGGGCGAUCGACCGGAUCCCGCCUCUUCGCAUUGUAUUUUUGCUUGUGGAUCCAGGAAAAUGAAGGAUGUGGAUCGUGAACAACACAAACGCCAAAUAAUGGAACUGCCGAAUUGGCUGGAUCCAGAAUUUGUGCGUUGUGGAUGGUUGGUUGUGACAAAUGAAAUGGCAGGACGAAGAAGAUUCUUAAUGCACGAUGUCGAUUAUCCUCUAGAAGGCACUAUUGAACUUAGAAUCGAGUUUUCCAGUUUGCCCGAAAUUUUGGAUGACAAUUUUAGCGGGUAUUUGGUGAGUGCUUAAUUUAUAUUUUUGGAUACAUAAAAUUGUUUAUUUCUUUAGAAAGUACAUCAAACCCGUCACAACAGACGACCAGAAUGGGUUGAAUUUUUUGUAGAUCUUUACCGUGGCGUUCUCAACUUCUACCGUACUGAUACUGAUCCGCAAAAUCAUUGUGUAAGAUAUCAUUUUUGAUAAUUUUUAAAACUUAUUUUUUUAAAUGUCAGAAUUUUUAAAUUAUGUUUUAAUUAAAAUUUUUCUUUAGAAAUUUUAAAUUAAUUUUCAGCGCCCAUUCGCUGUUUUGUCUGUAGCGGACAUCUGCUCUCGUGAGGUUCAAGAAGCUCGAGAUAAGUGGACAGAAGACACUUUUGUCUUCUACUUUGAUUAUGUUUCGACCAGUAAUGACGGGAAGAUUUUGUCUAGAAGGUGGGUGAAUUUUCUGUAUUUUAUGGUUAGAAAACUGCCUUAAGAAUGGACCCUAUUUUAACCAAAAAUUACUUCAUAAAUGUGUUUUAGGAUUUUGCUAGGCACCAAUUCAGAAGCCAGCUGCACCGAAUGGAGAGCCAGGUUGAACUCGAUUAUUAAGUUAAUGCAGGGGCUUUAA